AUGUUAUGUUCUAUGAUGAUGCGUCCGUUCACAAGGAAGACAGACGUUCAUAGAGAAAGAUGGAUGAUAGAGGGGAUAGAUAGAGUCCAUGAACCACCACAAACAUUGAUCACAUUUGAAAAGGAUGUAGAAAAUAGUACACAGAAAUGUCAUGACACUCAGAAAAGCCGUCCAUUGUACACAGUUCAGUAUGAUAGACUAAAGCAAUCAAGUCGCUAUGACGAUGAAAGAAAUGUGCUAGCCCUUGGAAUUGAAAAAGUGGUGCUUUGUCUUUGUGGAAGCUUUAUUGUCUUUGUGCGAAUGAGAAAAAAGGCAUUUUGA